AUGGGUUUGCGCGCAUUCUCCAGUCACAUCAUCCCCCAGUGGACCAAUAGCCUUGCUUCCAGCUUAUCGAUUUCAGCACACGCAUGCACCACCACUGCCCGUUUCUCUGGCCAGUUUCAUUUCUACCCGUCCUUUCACUUGACUUUUACGUACACGGGUCUACCAAUGGAGGCGAUAAAGAAAAAGAUGCUGGCUAUGAAGUUGGACAAGGAGAAUGCCAUUGACCUGGCGGAUCAGUUGGAGGAGCAGUUGAAGGAGAAGGAGAUGGAGAUGUCGAAGAAGGAGGAGGAGAUGGGUGAUGUAGUGAAGCGUUACCAGGGUCUGGAGGCUGAGAAGGAAGCAGCUGAGACCCAACUGGCCGAGACUAAUCAGAAGCUUGAGGAUACUGAGAAGCGCGCUCAAGAGCGUCGUCGUUACUCCUCGAAUUCCCUCUCCGGGCGGCGAAGACGUGGCGGUCAAAGACGCAGUAUUCCAUCUCCUCAUCGGUAUCAUCGACACCCCAAUCAGCAUCAGCAUCUGCAAGGCAGCAGGAUACAUCAGGCCACUAGCAAUAAUUCCACCCUGAGAAUGACGUUGUCCUACACAGAUUUUCCUGCUUCUUCCACAACAACAUUCCAAGCUGCGCAACAACGAAAGCCCCGUAGGGGUCGUCACCGCUAUGGCUCCAAACAGCAUAUCUUUGAGUGCGAGUGCGUUUGCCAGCAGUGUGGUCAAUCUGCUGUCAUGAUCAACAGCAUGUACGACUUCCGACCCAUCGGAGUUCGACCCGAUCCUGAGGGAUGUGCGGCAAGCAGCACCGAUUGUGAAGAGACUGCUGCACCAGCUCCCAAAAGCUACGUGCCCUACUUCACUGAUGAACCCCUCUUCUCGGACUAUGGGGAUAAGAGCGACGAUGAGGAUGACUAUGUUAGGGCGAGAAAAAAACGAUUGAUUGGCGACCAAAAAACAGCCUUUGCAGAGGCCUAUUCGGCCUCAAAGUUGAACUCUGGAACCCUUAUUCAGUUAGCAAUUGUUGAGGCUGAACUGAAAAAUCUUGUACAUUCGUCAUUAAGGAAGGCUGAGGCUGAGGUCGCUGCUCUUCAACGUCGCAUUCGCCUCCUGGAAGAUGAUCUUGAGAGCACGGAUACUCGUCUCACGGAUGCCACCGCCAAGCUGGAGGAAGCCAGCAAGGCAGCUGACGAGAGCGAGCGCUUUCGUCGAGCCUUGCAGUCACGUCAGGUAACUGAUGACACUCGUAUUGAGGAACUGCAACAGAGGAUUCAAAAGACUGCCAAGGAGGCAGCUGAAGCUGAGCGCAAAUAUCAGGAGUCCUCGCGCAAACUCGCUAUGUCAGAAGUGGACUUGGAGCGCGCAGAGUCCCGUCUUGAGGCGGCUGAAAGGUUAUUAUGUAGAUCACGCGUCUUUGCUCUCUAUUUCUAUCAUUGGGUUUGCGCCUGUUGCCUGCACAUGCAUGCACUCAUCCCUUCCUUCCUAUCCCCCCUCUCCGCUCCCAUCCAGGCAACUCAGGAACUUGCAACAGCAGAGGAUGCUUUAGCUGCUGCGGAGAAGCGAGUCGAAGAUGCUGAGGAGAAAAUCCUCGAUCUGGAAGAUGAGCUCCGCAUCGUCGGCAACAACAUGAAAUCCCUUGAGAUCUCCGAGCAGGAGGCGGCACAACGAGAAGAGGCCUAUGAAGAGAACAUUCGUGACCUCACAGAGCGUCUUAAGGCCGCCUCAAAGCAGAAACAGACCUACCAGGCUACCCUGGAGAAGUUGACCAAACAGUUAGCAGAGGCUGAAGACCGGGCCCAAGAUGCCGAGCGCCUUGUCCACACUCUGCAGGGCGAAACCGAUCGUUUGGAGGGUAAGCGGAGGGCUGAGAAGCGCACCGCCCUUGCCGAAUCUGAAGCGUUAAAAAGGCAGGAGGAGCUCGCCCGUCUUGAAGCUGAGCUGGAUGCAGAGAAGACGUUGAAUGCGAGCCUACGAGAGGACAUGGAGGACAUUGCGGCAGAGUUGCAGAGCAUCUGA